AUGGCUCCAACGUUACAACAGUGCCCCGUCUGCUUUAACCACUAUAGAAGCACUCCAGACGGGAAGUUAUGUCGACACGGAGGUAAAGUGAAAGGACAGGAAUGCUCGGGGUCCCGGAAAAAAGUUGAUCCAUCGGGCGCGAGGGCUGCUUCGCCUCUCGGUGCCGCACCCGACCCCAAGCCUGGGCUGCCCACACGGUCGUCCGUCGCAUCGGUCUCCGGUGAUCCUCUCGGCCUGGAUUACUCUGGUGUUUUUGAUAAGCUGACGGCCGUGCUGAAAUGUGUACCGGUGUACGACCAUAUCCCUAAGCCAUACAGGGAGAAGUUCGCACAUGAUCUGAACGCCUUGCUGACGGCUGUUUGUAACAACCCUGGUGACCCGGCUCACUGGGUUAGACUCCACUGUUUUGUCCCAUACGUCUUACAGAAGACUUCCAGAGGAGGUCGCCGGGUCAACCAGGGCAAUCUGGUCAACAAGCGUCUAAGCGAAUAUUCAACUAUUGGUCUUGAAACCCUGGUACUGUGCUUUGAUGGGUUCAAUAAUGCCAAAUCACAAAAGCACAACCCCGAUCGAUGGAUCAACGCUGUGUCAUCUUGUAUUGAACAGGGAAACCUGUCCUCGGCGGUCAGACUUAUCUGCUCGCCGGAGGGCAUGGCGGAGAGCUCGCCGGCCACCUUCGAUAAAUUAUGUUCUAUCCACCCAAAAAUUCCGGUAGACAGGCGGGUCUUUCCCGCAUUGACACCAACGGCUGGUUGCGUUUCUCCCGCCGAGGUGCUGAGGGCUGUUAAAUCUUUCAAAAACGGUUCUUCUGGAGGCCUGGAUGGCCUACGACCCCAGCACCUUAAGGAUGUUUUUUCAGGCCCCUUGCCAAUUGACGACACACUGAACUCCUUAACCCAAUUCAUUAAUUUGAUCCUAUCUGGAGCUUGCCCACUCUCCGUCCGCCGUUUGCCCAAAUUGAUGUACUUCCUGCGUACAUCUAAACACAUUGACCCUUCUAAAUUGGGCGAAUUUGACGGAGCCCUGCGCACCGCCCUGUCGUCGAUUUCCAAUGUUCAAGAACCAUCCGGCAUUUCUGUGCAGGAUGGUAGGCGACCGGACGGAUGCACGCUAAUACCUUGGAGAGCCGGCAGAUGUUUGGCGUGGGAUGUUACGGUCCUUGGCACCCUCGCCGAACGAUACGUAAACCUGACAAGUAAAGAAUGCGGUUUGGCCGCGGCCAGGGCAGCGGACGAGAAAAUGAAAAAAUAUGGGAAUGCCCUCCCCUCGAUGGAAUUCUUGCCAAUAUGCAUCGAGGUUCUCGGCCCGAUGGACCCCAACACCCUUAAAUUUCUUAAGGAAAUAGGCAAAAUGAUCAGUGUCAGAUCAGGUGACAGCAGGGAACUGUUUUUUGCAACCAACCACAUUUCGUGCUUGUUGCAGCGGUUCCUGCGUGUCUGUGUGCUUGAAAAUAUCCAGCUGAAUGCCGACAUGUGCAAUUAA